AUCUCCCAACGGCUUCAAACGUCAGCGAUCUCCCGCCCAGUUCAGCAGCAUCACGGUUCGCCAUCGUAGCAAAGCUGGUGUGCUCUUCCGUCGCGAUAGACCUAAAACGCAUUUGUGUUAAUUUAUUUCAAUAAGUGUUGCAGUUUAAUCUGUACUGUAGUGAUUUCGUAAACGUGUGAUAAGUUGUCGAGUCGGCCACAAUAGAGGGUCAUUUCUGUCAUCUGUAGCGAAUUAUCGAAAAGUAGUUUGAGGUUAAAGAGUCCUUGCUUUUGCUGGUGAUACAGAAAGGGCAAAUACAAAAUGGAUACGGAAAAUGUUCCCAACAACCGUCUGGCGGCGUACAAACAUGGCUCCAAAUCGAACACGGAACUUCGUCAACGGCGUCACGAAGUGACCGUGGAGCUGCGCAAGAACAAGAAGGAGGACCAGCUGCUGAAGCGUCGCAACAUUACGGAGGAUGAAGGGCCGACGUCGCCGCUGCAGGAAAACAAUGCUCAGAGUCCGGUAACGCUCAAGUUUGAUGAUAUCAUGCAGUACAUCCGAAGCGGGCAGCCGGAGAAAGAGUUUGCCGCGGUACAGGCGGCCCGAAAAAUGUUGAGCCGGGAGAAGAAUCCCCCGAUCGAUAAGAUCAUCGGCCUGGGCAUGGUGCCGGUGUGUGUAAAGUUCCUUUCCGCGUCGGACCGGCCGGCGCUUCAGUUCGAGGCUGCCUGGGCACUCACCAACAUUGCGUCCGGCACGUCCGAGCAAACGAAGGCCGUGAUUGAUUCGAACGCCAUUCCACGCUUCAUCGACCUGCUCAGCUCACCGUCGGUCACCGUGGCGGAACAGGCCGUCUGGGCGCUGGGAAACAUUGCGGGCGAUGGUUCGAAGGCGCGUGACAUUGUGCUAGAGCACAACAGUGUGGAUGCGAUCAUCGCGCUGGUUACGAACGGCAACACGCAGAUCUCGUUCCUGCGCAACAUCGUCUGGCUGAUGUCGAACCUGUGCCGCAACAAGAAUCCGGCCCCGCCAUUCAACCGGAUCGAGCCGAUGAUUCCGGUGCUGUCGGCGCUGCUCGAUCACGAGGAUGCACAGGUACUGUCGGACGCUUGCUGGGCGCUUUCGUACGUGACGGACGAUGAUGUGGAGAAGCUGGAAUCGGUCGUUGCGUCCGGUGCCGUGCCCAAGCUGGUCCGUCUGCUCGGCACCAACAAUCCGGCCAUCAUUACGCCGGCUCUGCGAAGCGUGGGUAACAUUGUGACCGGCAACGACAAGCAGACUGAUGCUGUGAUAGCGGCCAACGCUCUGCCCUUGCUGACGAACCUGCUGCGCCACACGAAAAACACGAUCGUGAAGGAAGCGGCCUGGACGGUGAGCAACAUUACCGCGGGCAAUCAGAGCCAGAUCCAGCAUGUGCUGGAUUCGGGCAUCUUUAACGUGCUGAUCGACGUGCUGGCAAACGGGGACUUCAAGUCGCAGAAGGAAGCUGCCUGGGCCGUCACCAACACGACGACGGGCGGGUCGACCGAGCAGAUCAUUCAGCUCGUGGAGAAGUACCCGAUCAUGAAGCCGUACUGUGAUCUGCUCGAGGCGAAGGAUACGCGCACGGUACGCGUGGUGCUGAGCGGGGUGGCCAACAUCUUCCAGUUUGCGUCGCAGAUCGGUGGCGUCGAGAAUCUGUGCACACUGUUCGAGGAGAUCGGCGCACUGGACAAGCUGGAGACGCUGCAGAACCACGAGAACGAGGACAUCUACCAGAAGGCGCUGCUGCUGAUCGAGACGUACUUCUGUGAUGCGGAGGAUGUCAACCCGGAGUGUGCCCCGAAGGAGGUGAAUGGUGCGCUCGAGUUCAAUCCCACCACACCACAGAACGGUGGCUUUUCGUUCUAGAGUGUGCCGUGUUUCGUUCGUUUAUUUAGGUUAAAAAAAAUAUGUUUAAUUGUUUACAUGUAAUCAUCAUUCAAAUCUCAUCGUGGCAGGUCCCCAAUUUCCCCUCAUGCAACAGUACACAGUAGCUGGUAGACCAGAGCUGGUCCAUCAUCCAAAAUCUAGUACGACUAGGAGCUCUGGCGCGCACCGUGUUUACAGUUGGAAUAGUGCCUAUCUUAAAACAAUGAAUUCCAAUGACUGGUUUUUUUUAUUCCGAGCAGUGAUAAGCUCCAUUUGUCCAUAUAUUUGCGCUUUGUUUCGUUUGACACAUUUUGGCCAUUAUUAUAGUAAAAAGGAAGCAGGAAGGGUUUUCUUAAUUCGAGCUUUGUUUUUGCACUAAACGCUUAUUUGAAGUAGGCCUUUUGUAUCAUCUGUUUUAAUCUGUAGCUUAUGGCAACUUGUCCAGCGUGUUGGAAGAAAGUGUGUGUUCCGUCUUAAAUACAUUCACAAUGCAUUUAGUGUAGCUAGCGAAAGAA